UGAAGACUUUUGACAUUAUGAUUAUUCGCAUAAUCCUUGUAAAUUUGGUGAUUCCGUUUGUUAUCCUAUUAUGUAAUGGGUACUGUUUUUUUGAGUGCCCUUUUGAUAAAAAGUGUCUUAGACUUAGUGCAAUGUGUAAUGGAACAAAAGAGUGUUCUUUUGGCGAGGAUGAGUUACAUGUUAAUUGCAAAUAUAACAUAACUACCCGUCGUGCAACUUUCUACUGUGCAAACGGAGUGCCUAUCGCUAAAUCUGAAAUGUGCAAUGCAAAAAUUGAUUGUAUCGAUAAAUCUGACGAGUCGCCUGCGAUCUGUAAGAAGUAUGAAGAACAGCUUGAACUCCGAAUUCAAAAUUCGACGUGUGAAAAAUUUCAACUCUCAUGUCAAGCUUCAACCCAAGACGAUUGUAUUUCCGCGGAUAAAAUAUGUGAUGACAAGUUCGAUUGUCCGAAUGGCCGGGAUGAAUCUAUAGAGAUGUGCAUGCAAGUACUUAAGCAUCCCUAUUUCCAGUGUGGCAAUGGAAAGAUCAUCUAUAAUAGUAGUCAACUGUGCGACAACAAAUAUGAUUGCCUCGAUGGCUCCGAUGAGUUGGAAACUCAUUGUCAAUAUAACGAAAAAUGGGAACGGAAGCAGCCAGUUACAUGUGAAGAGCCUAAGAGAAAUAAUAUAAAAUUUACGAGCAACACAACAAUGUAUGCUGAGAAGGAAAAUAAUGAAACGCAUUAUUUUGUCUAUGCAAGCGGUGUAGUUCAAUUUGAGUGCUACGAUUCUAAGGAAGACUUCAAGGGCAUAAAGUGGAAUGUGUGCAAGAUUGAUGAAAAUGGAAAUGGAAAAUGGUUGAAUGAUUUACCAGAGUGUGUGGACAAUCGUAAUAAGAACCAAAACACAAAUGGAGAUUUGGGCUGCAGAUUAGAUACUUAUGAUCAUUAUUCAGAAAAUUUGCGCAUUUGGAAAUGUUCAAACGACGGCAAAAAUUGCGUAGAGAAGAUAAAACCACCUUUAACUGACGCGUAUGUAAAGUUCAACUGUUCGAAGAACUUAAUGUUGUUCCCGGAAGGUCUACGGGAAAGAAUAUAUCGUUGUCGAGACAAAGAAUGGCAACUCAACUCUAUGGAACUUCCACCCAAACCAAGAUGCGGCAAAAUGUGCAAUACAACUGAAUUGUAUUGCCUGGACUCGAUGGAACCAAAAUGCAAGAAACGGGACGGAUCAACUACGAAAUGCGAACAGGCACCCAGUUGGAAACCAGGAACCACAGUUACUUAUGAAUGUUUUCCUGAAUACAGACACGACACUAAUUUAAAUUUUACCUCGGUGUGCCUUGACAACGGAACUUGGAAACAUUCUGGUAAUAGAGAUGAAUCUUGCUCAAUAAAAUGCGGAUUAAACGAGCUGCAAACGGGAAUGUCUGUAAAUGGCCCAGAAACGGAACCGUACCAUUCACCAUGGUCAGUUGCUAUUUAUGACAACAACGAUAUGCAACAGUUCGAAUACUCCUGUGGUGGUGUCCUAAUACGACAUAAUUUCGUAUUGACUGCUGCUCAUUGCGUUAGUGAUGGAAUAAACAACUUUGGAAUUAACCGAUUUCGUGUGAUGCCAGCCCAAAAAGCCAAUGUAUCCAUCAUUGAUAGCCACAAUGAUUGUCGAAAGGCCAAUGAAACCAAUAAAGACGAGGCUGAUAAACACAGUGAGUGUUGGAUAGUUCAGCAGAUAAUUAUUGAUCCCAAAUAUGAUCCGACACGGUAUACAUCCGAUUCGGCUCUUUUGCAUCUGCAAGCAAACCCAUUUUUGCCAUUCAGAAUAGUUUGCAUACCGGGAAUCCACUUUGAUUGGGAGAAAGGUUAUGCAAAUCGCAAUGGCUCAGUUUUUGCGUGGGAUACGAAAGAAAGAAAGUUAAAUCAAAAACUAAAUUUCGUUAUUGUCGAUGGAACACUAAACAAUACAGAUAACAUCGCAAAUAGAGACUAUCACAUAGAUGUAACCUCAUAUAAUGUUAAAACUACACUUUGUAAAGGAGAUAGUGGCUGCGGCUUUUUCGAUGAUUGUCCUAAUGGCAAGAAAAUGUGUUUAUUCGGGAUCGUUAGUACAGGUCAAAGCAUGGAUACAAACGAAUGCACUAAUAACGUUAAAAUCAAUAGCGUUGUGCAUCCGAGUACAGUUGCAUUUGUGAAUAAAUAUAUAAAGGCAAUUUCUAAUAAAUGUCCCAAAUAAUAAUCCAUCCAAAUUGAUAACCACCACUUAUAUAGAUUUCAUAAAAUAAAUACAAAUAUUUUGGUAUGGAAAUAAUAUUAGUUGCGUUUAACUUCUUAGAUUUAGUAUUUCAUUUUAUAUAUGUACCAAUGUUAAC